AUGAACGCCGCCCUGGCGGGGCCGCUACUCGCCGCCCUCCUCGCCACCGCCCGCGCCCGCCCGCAGCCCCUGGACGGAGGACAGUGCCGGCCGCCCGGAUCGCAGAGGGACUUGAACUCCUUCCUGUGGACUAUUCGGCGUGACCCCCCAGCCUACCUGUUUGGCACUAUCCAUGUUCCCUAUACCCGCGUCUGGGACUUCAUCCCAGACAACUCCAAGGCAGCUUUCCAGGCCAGUGCCCGCGUCUACUUCGAGUUAGACCUGACAGACCCCUACACCAUCUCUGCGCUGGCCAGCUGCCAGCUGCUGCCGCAUGGAGAAAACCUACAGGACGUGCUGCCCCGCGAGCUCUACUGGCGCCUGAAGCGCCACCUGGACUACGUGAAGCUGAUGAUGCCCUCGUGGAUGACACCUGCCCAGCGGGGCAAGGGGCUCUAUGCUGACUACCUGUUCAAUGCCAUUGCGGGCAACUGGGAGCGCAAGAGGCCGGUGUGGGUGAUGCUCAUGGUGAACUCCCUCACAGAGACAGAUGUGCGCUCCCGUGGCGUGCCCGUGCUGGACCUCUACCUGGCCCAGCAGGCUGAGAAGAUGAGGAAAAGCACCGGGGCUGUGGAGCGCGUGGAGGAGCAGUGCCACCCGCUCAACGGCCUCAACUUCUCCCAGGUGCUGUUUGCCCUGAACCAGACCUUGCUGCAGCACGAGAGUGUGCGGGCGGGGAGCCUGCAGGCGCCCUACACCACAGAGGACCUCAUCAAGCACUACAACUGUGGGGACCUCAACGCGGUCAUCUUCAACCACGACACGUCCCAGCUGCCCAACUUCAUCAACACCACCCUCCCUCCGCACGAGCAGGUGACGGCCCAGGAGAUCGACAGCUACUUCCGCCAGGAGCUCAUCUAUAAGAGGAACGAGCGCAUGGGCAAGAGGGUCAUGGCGCUUCUGCAGGAGAACGAAGACAAGAUCUGCUUCUUUGCCUUCGGAGCAGGUCACUUUUUGGGAAACAACACAGUCAUAGACAUCCUGCGGCAGGCAGGGCUGGAGGUGGACCACACACCUGCAGGGGAGGCCAUCCAGAGCCCUGCCACCCAGAGCCCAGUGCCCACUCCUGAAGGGACCUCGACCAGCCCGGCCCCGGCAACUCCAGCCACCGCCAUCCCCACAGUGCCCUCAGCGACCCCCACAGCCCUGCCAGAGGAGGAGGAGGACCCAGCCCUGUCCCCACACCUCCUGCUCCCUGACAGCCUCAGCCAGCUGGAGGAGUUUGGCCGGCAGAGGAAGUGGCACAAGAGGCAGAGCACGCACCAGCGGCCCCGGCAGUUCAACGACCUCUGGGUCCGAAUUGAGGACAGCACCAGUGCCUCGCCGCCCCCACUACCCCUGCAGCCCACCCCCAGCACCGGGACCACCAAGCCUCCCUUCCAGCUCUCAGACCAGCUCCAACUGCAGGACCCACCAGGACCUGCCAGCAGCUCGGCACCCAGCUGCUCACAGCCUGCCCUGGGUCUCCUCUCCACCAUCGCCGCCAUCAUUGCUGCCCCCUUCCUGCUACACAGCCUCGGACCCUCCUGA